UUGGAGGAUUCAACCAGCGAGAGACUGAUAAAUCUUUUCCUAUAUAAAGCUGAUUAUGAGACGCGCAAAUCUGUUCAUUCGAAUUCAUUCACCAUGCAGCGCACUUGCUUUUUCUUCGCCUUACUGGUGGCCGCAGCUACGUCAAUACCAAUCUAUGAAAACGGCUCGAUUAAGUCCAACGGUACGGUGAUCGUUUCGUCUAACGACGAAGACUGGCAAUUGGUUCCAGAUACCGAUGGUAAAUUACACUUGGUCGACAUCAACAACAUCGAUUUGGCCAUUGAGCCACUGUUCAACGCUUUCAGCGAUGUUGUCUUCCAUUUGUGGACAAGAGCCAAUCCCAAUCAACCGCAAAUCGUGACAAUUAACAAUAAUGCGCAGCUCGAUGCUAGCCAUUUCAGUAUGCAACGUCAGACACGUUUCCACAUUCAUGGCUGGGGAGCGGGCGGCCCCACAUGGGGAUCAGUGAUAAGAUCGGCUUUGCUGGCGAACGUUGACUGCAAUUACUUUGUGGUUGAUUGGGGUGCAGGCUCGAAUACGAUUAAUUACAUAACCGCUCGGAAUAGAGUGAAUGAAGUUGGUCACGUCCUUGCACAAUACAUAGACUGGCUCAAUGUGCGUGGACUACCGUUUUCUGCUGUAACAAUUGUUGGAUCAAGUUUAGGUGCUCAUGUUGGUGGUGCUGCAGGCAAAAGAACAACUCGCGGUCGUAUUCAUGCGAUAGUUGGAUUAGACCCAGCUGGCCCACUUUUUUCGCUAGACAAUCCUGCUGAUCGUUUGCAUUCUACAGACGCCGAUUAUGUCGAAAGCAUAGUUACUGAUGGUGGCAGACUAGGUUUUGAGCAUCCAUUCUCUCACGCUAAUUUCUAUCCGAAUUGGGGCACAAGUCAGCCUGGAUGUGGAAAUGAUUUGGUGGGACAGUGUGGGCACUUUUUAGUAAGUGACUUUUAUGCCGCCUCCGUCAAUCCCAGAAACAUAUUCGGAGCGAUUAGAUGUCGGGAUCUGAAUGACAUCAGACAACGAAAUUGUGUCAUAAGUGGAACUAGCAGACGAAUGGGUGGGGAGCCACUACAGGACGGACCUGGAAUCAUCGGCAGUGUAUAUUUCCUGACUACAGAUGGCGUGUAUCCGUUUGCCCACGGACCGAGAUAAGUUCGGAAUUUGUUUUGCCGGGAAUAAAUGCUGGUCCGCGAUUGAGAUCAAA